ACCCAGCUCAAACAUGGCUGCGCUGGAGGCUCAGUUGCUUUGGGCGCGGGGAGCAGGAGGUAUUCAGAGAAUGAAAGUAUUGAGAAUGUGCUUGGUGUAACUUAUCCCGCGCCACCUUCCUGCACUCUUUGCUGGGAAAAUGCAUCAUCCAUUUGGAAAAGAGGAAGCUUUCUCCCAGAAGCAGCUCUUUGGAUUUUUCUGUGAGUGCCUACGAAGGGGAGAAUGGGAGCUGGCACAGGCUUGUGUACCACAGCUACAUGAGGGACAAGGGGACGUCCCAAAGAGGGUGGAAGACAUACUUCAGGCUCUGGUGGUGUGUCCAGAUUCGCUGAGAUGUGAGAGGGAUAUUAACCCGCAAAGAUUAGCCUGGAUCUGGCUUCUUGUACUGGAAAAAUGGUUUGCCCGGGAAAAGAAAUUACUCCCUGCUGUUUUCCGGAGAAAGCUUGAGUUUCUUUUGUUGUCAGAAGACCUUCAAAGUGAUAUUCCAGAGGACGUCCUCAAGGAGCUAUAUGAGGUCUUAGCACAAGACGCAGUAGACCCUGUGCCUGAUGGAAAUAGAAGAUGGGAGAACUGGUCCCCUCGGCUCAGCUCAGAAGCUGUCUCUGUGCUCUGGAAUCUUCUGAGGCAGGCUCCCCAGCCGGCGCAGGCCCUGCUAGAGCUUCUGCUCAGAGAGGAGGAUGGUACCAGCCUCUGUGGCUCUCCUCUGCAAAAGACACUGGUGGACCUCAUCCAAAAGGCACUGAAGGCUUUGCAGGGCCCUGAUGCUGGGCCCCCUGGGGUAGCAGAUGCCAUCUACGGAGCCCUGCGGACUCUGCGUUGCCCUGCAGAGCCCAUCGAGGUUGAGUUGCGCCUCCUGUGUGAAGAACUGCUGGAGGCCUGCAGGACUGAAGGGAGUCCCCUGCAGGAGGAGAGGCUGCUGGGCUGCUUGCUGCACAAGGCUGGACGAGGCCUGCUAUCCCUGUACGGCCAUACCUAUGCAGAGAAGGCCACAGAAAAGCCACUGAGGGCUACAUCCUCAGGAAAAGUCUCACCAGAUCAUCUGGAUCCCGAGCGGGCAAUGCUAGCCCUGUUUUCCAAUCCCGACCCAGCCCAGGCUUGGAAAGUGGCUUAUUUCUACUCCCUGAGCAACAGCAAGCACUUCCUCGAGCAGAUCCUGGUGACAGCGAUAACACUGUUGAAAGAAGAAGACUUUCCAGGUCUUGGCUGCCUGCUAGACAGAGAAUUCCGGCCCCUUAGUCGACUGCUCGUGCUACUGGGCUGGACACACUGCCAGAGCCUAGAGUCAGCUAAAAGGCUGCUUCAGACACUCCACAGGACUCAGGAUCUAGGCUGCGAUGAGCUCCUCAGGGAUGCCUGUGAUGGGUUAUGGGCUCACCUGGAAGUCCUGGAGUGGUGUGUACAGCAGAGCAGCAACCCCAUACCAAAGAGAGAUCUCUUGUGUCAUUUGCAUGGUGGAGACAGCCACUCAGUGCUCUACUCUCUCCAUCACCUCACAAACCUUCCAGCCCUCAGGGAGGAAGAUGUUCUCAAGCUCUUAAAGAAGGUGCCAACCACGGACCCCAAGCAAGAGCAUGGUUCAGCUGAUGCCCCAGUCCCUGACCACCUGGGCCGGUGUCAGAGCCUGACCCUCUACCAGGGCUUCUGUGCCAUGAAGUAUGCCAUCUAUGCCCUCUGCGUGAAUUCACAUCAGCACACACAGUGCCAGGACUGCAGAGAGGAUCCUUCUGAGGACCUGGCCUCUGCCACGGAGCCAGUGAAUGACGGAGUCUCCUCCCCAGGUGCUUCAAAUCUCUUCUCAACAUACCUGGCCAAGUGUCAGCAGUAUCUGCGCAGUAUUCCUGACUCUUUGUGCCUGGAACUUCUGGAAAACAUCUUCUCGUUGCUCCUUCUCACUUCUGCUGAUCUUCAUCCAGAGCCUCACCUGCCUGAGGACUAUGCUGAGGAUGAUGACAUUGAGGGGAAGGGAUCCUUGGGUUUGAGAUCCCCAUCAGAGAGCCCUCAGCACAUGGCUCAGCCCAAGAGGAAAUCAGAACAGGAUUCCUCCAGGACCCCUGCUUAUAUACUUCCAAGCUGUCCGAAGACAGAGCCAAAAGACAGUUACCCAGGGCCUCACAGGCAUAGCUUUUUGGAUUUAAAGCACUUAAGUAGUCGUAUCAAUGGAUUCCUGGCUGAUGAGUUUGCAAUGGGGGCCUUCCUCAGGCUUCUCCAGGAGCAGCUGGAUGAGAUCAACAGCCACAACCCCCCUGAGAAGCCAAAGCUGCUGGAGAGCCAGAGCUGCUUGAGUAGCAGAGAUGGGCUGCAGAGCCGCCUGCACCGGUUUUCCAAGGUUCUCUCUGAGGCCCAGUGGAGAAACAAGGUGGUGACAAGCAACCAGCGCUCAGAAGAGCAUCUGACACUCUCCCGAAGAUACCGACCCAUGGCCACACAGCACCCCAGUGUCCGCCGGCGUCGUCGGACAAGAAGGAUCCGGGCAGAUGGCCGGGACAGAGGUUCCAACCCAUCCCUGGAAGGUACAAGUAGUGAGCUGAGCACAAGUACUUCAGAAGGGAGUCUGAGCACUGUGUCUGGGAGAAGCGAGCUGGAUGGCCGGCUGCAGCCCCAGCCUCAUAGUUCACUCAUUCCCAUGAUGUUCUCCCCACCUGAAUCACUGCUGGCAUCCUGCAUCCUCCGGGGAAACUUUGCAGAAGCCCAUCAGGUGGUGUUCAUGUUCAACCUGAAGUCCUCGCCCAGCUCAGGAGAACUGAUGUUCAUGGAGCGCUACCAGGAAGUGAUCCAGGAGCUGGCCCGAGUAGAGCACAAGAUUGAAAACCAGAACUCAAAUGGGGGCAGCAGCACCAUUCGAAGAACUGGCAGUGGCCGCUCAACUCUGCAGGCCAUUGGCAGCGCUGCGGCAGCAGGCAUGGUAUUUUACUCCAUAUCUGAUGUGACUGACAAGCUACUCAGCACUUCUGGAGACCCCCUCCCCACGCUCCAAGAAGACUUCUGGAUAAGCAGCACCCCAGUGGAGCCCACUGCUCCCUUGAAAGAAGUUCUGGAAGACCUGAGCCCGCCUGCCAUGGCUGCCUUUGACCUAGCUUGCUCUCAGUGCCAGCUCUGGAAAACAUGCAAACAACUCUUGGAAACAGCUGAACGGCGUCUGAACAAUAGCCUGGAAAGCCGGGGUCGACGGCUGGACCACGUGCUCCUCAACACUGAUGGCAUUCGAGGAUUUCCAGGUGUUCUUCAGCAAAUCAGUAAGAUUUUCAACUAUCCACUCUUGUCAGCAGGACAAACUAAAUCAGAGACUGUGGAAGAAAAAGGAGGGCUCUCACGGUACAGCAUCACUGAGCUUCUCCAGAUGUGCUGGCCCAGCCUCACUGAGGACUGUGUUGCCAGCCAAGUCACCCUCUCCCAGCAGCUCGAGCAGGUCCUUCAGUCGCUGAGAGAGGCACUAGAGCUGCCUGAGGCCAAGUGUACCCCACUCUCCUCCCUGGUGGAGCAGGCGUCCCAGAAAGCUCCAGAAGCAGAAGCCCACCCUGUGUACAUCCAGACCCAGCUCCUCCAGAAGAAUCUAGACAAACAGACCCCAGCAGGUGGCAGGCAGGCUGACUACAUGGGCACCUUCCUCAGUUACUGCAACACCCUGGCAGCGGUUCUCCUGCGCAGUUUGAGCUCUGAGCCUGAUCAUGUGGCGGUCAAGGUAGGAAAUCCCUUUGUUCUCCUGCAGCAGAGCUCUUCCCAACUGGUGUCACACCUCCUGCUUGAGAGACAAGUUCCCCCAGACAGACUGGCAGCCCUUCUGGCCCUGGAGGGUCUCAGCCUGAGUGUACCACAGGUUAUCAUCAACUGCUGCUGUGAGCCUCUCGCCCUGUGCUCUUCCCAGCGGAGGCAGCAGACAUCAUCCCUUCUGACCCACCUGGGCAUCCUGGCCCACCAGCACUGCUUGGAUUGCCUCCCGCUUUCUACGCUGAGCUUUCCAAGGCCAACUGAGGAUACCACUUUGGAGAGAAAGCCCUGCUUCUCCCCAAGGGAUACAUCACCCGCAGCCCUCACCUCCUCUGCCUUGGCCUUCCUGAAGUCCCGUUCAAAGCUGCUGGCUACUGUAGCCUGCCUGGGGGCCUCCCAGGGGACAAAGGCCACUAAACCCAGCUUGUCAUGGAAGGAGCUUCGUGGCCGCAGGGAGGUGCCUCUGACCACAGAGCAGGUAGCCCGGGAGUGUGAGCGCCUCCUGGAGCAGUUCCCUACACUUGAGGCCUCCUUCCUGGCUGCCUGGACACCCCUCCAAGACUCCUCCAAGCAGGGGCAGAGUCUGGCAGCAAGUCUCUGUGGUCAGGCCAGUUUCUCGACUGUCCUUCUGGGCCUGCAUUCUCCCAUUGCCCUAGAUGUCCUGACUGAGGCCUUCAAGGAAGCACUGGUGGCCCGAGAUUGGCUCCGGGCCCUUCAGCUUGUUGAUGAGUAUGGGCGAGACAUGGAGGAGUUGAACAGCAUAAAGGAUGCAGUCCUGAGCUGUGCCGCAGCAUGUGACAAAGAAGGUUGGCAAUUCCUGUUUGCUGUGAAGGAUACAUCUCUGAGAAGUCAGCUGACCCUACAGUUAGUGGACAGGUGGCCCUUGGAGUCAUGCCUGGAGAUCCUGGCCUACUGCAUUUCAGACCCCAGUGUCCAGGAAGGACUGAAGUGUGAGCUGCAGAGAAAGUUGGUGGAGCUACGGGUGUAUCAGAAGAUUCUAGCUUUGCAGCCUACGCCAUUGUGGUGUGACUGGCAGACUCUGAGGAGCUGUUGUGUUGAGGACCCAUCAACUGUCAUGAACAUGAUUCUAGAAGCAAAGGAGUAUGGCCUAUGUGAGGAGUGGGGCUGCCUAUACCCUAUUCCAAGAGAACAUUUAAUCAGCCUACAUCAAAAGCAUCUUCUCUACCUUCUAGAAGGAGGAUAUUCUGAGAAAGCUCUGCAACUCCUGCAAAGAAUCCCUGACCCCACCAUGUGCCUUGAAGUUACAGAGCAGUCCCUUGACCAGCACCCUAGCCUGGCCACUUCACACUUCUUGGCCAACUACCUCACCACCCACUUCUAUGGAGAACUGACUGCUGCCCGGCACCAUGAAAUCCAGGCGCUGUACAUGGGAUCCAAGGUUCUGCUCAGCCUGCCUGAGCAGCACCGGGCCAGCUACGCCCACUUGUCCUCCAGCCCCCUGCUCAUGCUGGAGCAGCUGUUGAUGAACAUGAAAGUGGACUGGGCCACUGGGGCUGUGCACACCCUGCACCAGCUGCUGGCCGGGCAGGAGACUGACUUCACCAUGGAGGAGAUAGACUCGCUGCUUUCCAGAUACGCAGCGAAAGCCUUGGACUUCCCAUACCCUCUGAGGGAGAAACGAUCAGAUUCUGUGAUUCACCUCCAGGAAAUUGUCAGUCAGGGUUCAGACCCUGAGACCUUGACCAGAUCACAGUCAGCAGAGCUCUCUUCUGCUCCUCCUUCUGGUAUCUCCACUGUACAUUCCCCAAGCCCAAAGGAGAGGAGUUUCCCACAGAGUGAGCCCCCACUGGAAUUUGUACCCCCAGCAACACCCCCUGCUAGGCACCAGUGGGUACCAGAUGAGACUGAGAGCAUCUGCAUGGUCUGCCGCAGAGAACACUUCACCAUGUUUAACAGGCGUCAUCACUGUCGCCGCUGUGGUCGGCUAGUAUGUAGUUCCUGCUCCACUAAGAAAAUGGUGGUGGAAGGCUGCAGAGAGAACCCUGCGCGUGUGUGUGACCAGUGCUAUAGUUACUACAACAAAGAUGUGCCAGAGGAGAAUCCAGGACACUCAGAAGCACCAGACAGCUCCAAGAGUGAAAGCCCUCCAUACUCAGCGGUGGUGAAAGUCCCCAAAGCUGCUGAGCUGGAAUGGACUUUGGAUCUGAACGAGGAGGAAAAUGAGCUGGUGCGGAGUGAAUUUUACUAUGAGCAGGCCCCCAGCGCCUCCCUGUGCAUUACCAUCCUGAAUCUGCACCGAGACAGCACUGCCUGUGGCCACCAGCUGAUUGAACACUGCUGCAGGCUGUCCCAGGGCCUCACCAACCCAGAGGUGGAUGCGGGGCUGCUCACAGACAUCAUGAAGCAACUGCUCUUCAGUGCCAAGAUGAUGUUCGUCAGGGCCGGCCGAAGCCAGGACUUGGCUCUUUGUGACAGCUACAUCAGCAAGGUAGAUGUCCUAAAUAUUCUGGUUGCUGCUGCCUAUCGCCAUGUACCAUCUCUGGAUCAGAUCUUGGAGCCAGCUGCGGUAACCAGGCUACGGAACCAGCUUUUGGAAGCUGAGUACUACCAACUGGGCGUUGAGGUUUCCACAAAAACUGGGCUUGAUGCCACUGGAGCGUGGCAUGCUUGGGGCAUGGCCUGCCUCAAAGCUGGGAACCUCACGGCUGCACGGGAGAAGUUCAGCCGCUGUCUGAAGCCCCCUUUUGACCUCAAUCAGCUGAGUCAUGGCUCAACGCUGGUACAGGAUGUGGUUGAAUACCUGGAGUCCACAGCGAGGCCCCUCAUGUCCUUGCAAGAUGAUGAUUACUUUGCUACCUUGAGGGAGCUGGAAGCUGCUCUUCGGACCCAGAGUCUCUCCCUGGAGGUGAUUCCUGAGGGGAAGAUCAUGCACAACACCUACUACCAAGAAUGCCUCUUCUACCUGCAUAACUAUAGCACCAACCUGGCCAUCAUCAGCUUCUACAUGAGGCACAGCUGCCUGCGGGAAGCCCUGCUACACCUCCAAAACAAGGAGAGUCCUCCAGACGUCUUCAUAGAAGGCAUUUUCCAGCCAAGCUAUAAGAGUGGGAAGCUGCAUGUUUUGGAAAACUUACUAGAAUCCAUUGAUCCAUCCUUGGAAAGCUGGGGAAAGUACUUGAUUGCUGCCUGCCAACAUUUACAAAAGAAGAACUACUUCCACAUUCUGUAUGAACUGCAGCAGUUCAUGAAGGACCAAGUCCGGGCCGCCAUGACCUGUAUUCGGUUCUUCAGUCACAAAGCAAGUACUUACACAGAACUAGGAGAGAAGCUCUCGUGGCUGCUUAAGGCCAAGGACCACCUGAAGAUCUACCUCCAAGAAACGUCUCGCAGCUCUGGAAGAAAGAAAACCACCCUAUUCCGAAAGAAGAUGACUGCAGCUGACGUAUCAAGGCACAUGAAUACACUCCAGCUGCAGAUGGAAGUCACCAGGUUCUUACAUCGGUGUGAAAGUGCUGGGACCUCUCAAAUCACCACCUUGCCUCUGCCAACCCUGUUUGGAAAUAACCACAUGAAAAUGGAUGUGGCCUGCAAGGUCAUGCUGGGAGGGAAAAAUGUGGAAGAUGGUUUUGGAAUCGCAUUUCGUGUUCUGCAGGACUUCCAACUAGAUGCUGCCCUCACCUACUGCAGAGCUGCCCGGCAGUUGGUAGAGAGAGAGAAAUACAGUGAGAUCCGGCAACUACUGAAGUGUGUCAGUGAGUCAGGCAUGGCAGCCAAAAGUGAUGGGGACACCAUCCUCCUCAACUGCCUGGAAGCAUUCAAGAGAAUUCCACCCCAGGAGCUGGAGGGCCUGAUCCAGGCAAUCCACAACGAUGACAACAAGGUGCAGGCCUACCUGACGUGUUGCAAACUGCGUUCCGCCUACCUGGUUGCUGUGAAGCAGGAACACCCGCGGGCCACUGCACUGGUCCAGCAGGUGCAGCAGGCUGCCAAAAGCAACGGGGAUGCCGUGGUGCAAGAUAUCUGUGCCCAGUGGCUUCUGUCAAGCCACAUCCGGGGAGCCCACGGCUCAAGCUCCAAGAAGUGACCCUGGGCAGUGGGGCCAGAAAACGCAUUCUGAGAACUGUGGCAACAGGAGGGGUGGUGAAGCUUCCAGCUCUUUCCCUCCGCAGAGCAGGCCUGCCUCGUCUCUGCUCCCCAGUCGGAAAGAGCUGGACUGGCCCCUGCCUGCCACUUUGGGCAAGGAUAAGCCCUUUCACACAAGUGCCAUGUUUCUGUAAAAUUGUGGGGUGUGUGUUUGUUUGGAGAUGACCAGUUCUUUCUACCUCAGUGAGUGAGUGUGUGUACACACACGUGCACACACACGUGCAUGCUCUUGUGCACUCAUGUUUACGCCCAAGCAUUUCUGAGCAAAUGAAACUCUUCCAUUGUGAAGAGGCACUUUACUUUAGCCUUUUGCCUACCUGAAAACCUUUCCUGCAUUUUGGUUCUUAACCCGGGUCGUCCUGUUUGUGCACAGCACCCUCCAUGCGAAGAUGCUUUAGUAGCUCCUCUAAACUAGAAGGGUUUUACAGAAAAUUACCAAGCAGCCCCAAAGGCAUUACCUCUUCUUGCCUUGCUUCCCUUCCCAAAAUUCAGAGAUGGCUUUGGGGUCAGGAUCACCUGUGGAUUAAAGUUGUUUCCCAGGUGUCUCCUCUGACAAGCACAAAGAGUUAAUGGGAGUCUUUGGAAGGUAGUCUGAGUACAAGGGUCCUGAGGUUGCUGGCAUCUUAAAGCUGCAGAUGCAGAUACAAGUGAUCAGG